AUGUCCACCCUCCAACACGCCCUCCUCCACCCGCUCACAACCCUCUACACCCUCCUCCAGUACCUCCUUACCGCCCUCCUCCACCCGCUCACAACCUUCUACACUCUCCUCCAACACCUCCUCACCACCCUCUUCGCACCACCCCCCGUCCGCACCCCGCCCCCACCACCCACCGGCCCCCGCGUCGCCAUCAUCGGCGCCGGCAUCACUGGCAUCUCCGCCGCCGCCCACUGCGUCUCCCACAACUCGGACGUGCUCAUCUUCGACAGCGCGCCCACCAUCGGGGGCAUCUGGGCGCGCGUCAACGGCACCUCGUCGCUGCAGAUCCACAGCAUCAUGUACCGCUUCCACCCGUCCAUCACCUUCCAGAAUGCAUACCCGAAGCGCACCGAGAUCCUAGAGCAGCUCGAAGCCUUAUGGCGGCGGUACAGGCUAGAGGAGAAGACGGUGCUGGAGAUGAAGGUGGUGAGUAUCGAGAGGACGGAGACGGGGAAGUGGAGGGUGAACGGGAUCCCGGAGUGGGAAUUUGAUGGGGUUGUGGCGGCGGUGGGGACGUGUGGGGAGCCGAUGCUGCCGAUGCUGCCAGGUGUGGAGGGGCAGUGGAGGUUUCAAGGGCAGAUGGUGCAUUCGAGUGAGUUGGAGGGUGUGGAGAUGGAGGGGAGGAAGGUGGUGGUGUUGGGGGGUGGGGCGAGCGCGGUGGAGGCGUUGGAGUGUGCGUUGAAUAGGGGGGCGGAGAGUGUUAGUUUGUUGUCGAGGUCCGACAAAUGGAUCAUCCCCCGUAACCCCCUAAUCGACAUCCUCCUCUCCCUCAACCCCUUCAGCUCCGAACUCUACAUCUCCUACAUCCCCGAAUUCCUCCGCCGCCGCCUCUUCUUAUACCGCUCCCUCUCCCCUCUCGCGCCCCCGCCCCACACAACCGGCCUCUGGGAAUCCACGCCCAUAGUCAACUCCGAUCUCCUCUCCAACAUCCGCUCCGGCCGCGCGCGCUGGCUCCGCGCCGACAUCCUCAAUAUCGAAGAAUACGGCGUACGCUACAGCCACCGCUCCCCAGGCGUCCCCAAGGGCGGCCCCGGCGUCGAGAAGUUCGCCGACGCAGACAUAAUCGUGUUUGCGACGGGGUUCAAAAGACCGAGUCUAAGCUUCCUGCCGGAGGAUUGUUUUGAAGAGGGCUAUGAGCCGCCGAAUUGGUAUCUGCAGACGUUCCCGCCGGGCGCGGUGGACAUAUGUGCGUGUAACUGUACAUAUGUGAAUGCGAUUGGCACGGUGGGACAUCUCCAUGUCGGCGUGUAUACGAGGUUGCUGUUGAUGUUUUUGAAUGAUCCGUUGACGGCGCCGCCGGCGGAGGCGAUGAGGUCUUGGGUGAAGUGGACGAAGUGGUUGAAGGCGAAGAGUCCGACCGGGGCGUUUGACUUUUUUACGUAUGGGGAGCUGUGUUUGUGGUUUUUGGAGUGUGUGGUGGUGAAUCCGUUUCGGUGGAAGUGGGCGUUCUUUGUGUUUACGGGGAGGGGGAUGCCGAUGGGAAUUGUGAGGAAGGAGAGGGAGAUUAUUGAGGGGGGUUGGGGGAUUGAAACGGGGAAGGAGGGGGUUGAGGGGAAGGAGUGGGAGAUUGAGGGGGUUGGGGGAUUGAAACGGGGCCGGAGGGGACUGAGGGGAAGGAGGAAGGAGUGGGGGGGUGGGGGGAUUGAAACGGAGCCGGAGGGGAUUGAGGGGAAGGAAUGGGAGAUUGAGGGGGGUGGGGGGAUUGAAACGGAGCCGACGGGGACUGAGGGGAAGGGGAAGGAGAGGGAGACCGAGGGGAAAGAGUGGGAGACCGAGGGGAGACCGAGGGGCAUGAGGGGACCGAAACGGGGUCGACGGGUGACCACAAGGAAGGAGAGGGAGAUUGAGACGGGGCCGAUCUAG